AUGGCGCCAUAUCACGCCGGCUCGAAGAAGCGGCGGCGCGAGCCAUUCAACGUCGAUACCAAGCUGGUCGAAAUCUACGAGGAUCUCGCCAAUGAAAAGGACGAGAUCCGUCUGAAAGCCGCUCAAGCGCUGGUGUCGCACUUCACCCCGGACAAGAACCCCACUGACGAGCAGAUCAAGAAGGCUCUGCAGAGGCUCUUCCGCGGUCUCUGCAGCAGCCGCAAGGCCGCCAGAAUCGGCUUUUCGAUUGCCCUGACGGAGAUCCUGACCCAGGUGUUCGCGGGCUCCAGGGAGGCCUCGGAGCUCACGAUCCCCGCUAUUAUGGACGUCUGGGAAUCGCAGUCGAAUUCUUCGGGUAGCGAGUCCGGUCAGGAGCAAAGGGAUCAUCACUUUGGACGUCUGUUCGGCGCGGAGGCUAUCAUCAAGUCUUCGAUCCUGUUCAAGUCCAAGGUUCCCCCUGCGGAGUGGACUAGGCUUGUGGACCUGGUCUUUGAUCUGGCCAAGAAGAAGCCCUGGAUCAGAGAAGAAUGCGGAUGGAUCAUCUACCGCUGCAUCUUUGAUCUUGCCGCUCAAAAGGCUGAGGUGAAGUACGUCGAGGUUGCUCUGGAGCGUCUCUGCUCGCACGAGCUCGCCCGCACACCGGAGGGUGUCUCGAUCUGGCUCGCAGUCAAGGAGGCCUUCCCCAAGUCGAACUUUCCCAGCAAAGUAUGGAAACAUGACGACCCCUUGGAUGUAAAGGACCGGAAUCAGCUGGCCAAGGUCAUGAAGGAAUCGUCAGCUGCCGAUUCCGCAGAGGGGGCUUCCGGCAGUAACCCCAAGGCAUCCGGGGUGUGGAGCUCGAAGCUGCAUUUCGCCUGGGACGCCGUCAUCAGACAGCUCGCUGGUGUAUCAGCCAAGGAGUCUUCCAAAUCUAAGAGUUCAUCGUCUCGUCUCAGCUUUGCUGACUUCUGGUCCGAGGUCGUUGACAAUGGUCUUUUUGCUGCCUCAUCCUCCGAGGAACGCAAGUACUGGGGCUUCCUUGUGUUCAUCAAGGUCCUCGGUGAAAGCCCCCUGCCACUUGCCUCGGUCGUAUUCACCAAGAAUCUUGUCCGUUGCCUCACAAACCAGCUUGCUGUUGAGGAUCGGUACCUGCACCGGAUGGCCACCAAAGCCGUCAAGUCUAUCCAGGUCCGUGUCACAAAGGAGCCCGAGUUUGCUGCGGCUUCCGUCAACGGCUUGAUGGGCGCGGCUGGCUCCGUGAACUUUGACCAGGCUACCAAGACGAAGACCAUUGAGAAGAUCGUGGUCGAGGCCAAUUCCGAUGCUCUGAAGCAGAUCGUGCCUCUUUUCGAGAAGCUUAUUGCGAAGCCCGGGACAGACGACGAGAAGGCCGCGGCGGCAUGCCGGCAAUCCCUUGCUGGCCUGCUCUUGUCCAUCGUGAGGUCCCGGGCUUCGGCCAGCGGUGAAGCCCAGGAUGACUUGCAGGCCACCCUUGAGCAGGUUCUGCUCACACUUGUGCGGUUCGGUUACUUCAAGGCCCAGGACGAUUCAUCCAUCCAGCCUGCCGUGAGCGAACAGACACAGGAGCUUUUCCGGAACAGAAUCAGCUCCUGCUUGAACACUCUAAUCGUCAACCACAAGUACGCGACAACGCUCCCCUACACCGUUGUCCGUAAGAUCCGCGACGCGGCCAAGUCGGAGGAGUAUGGCAAGUUCAUCAUCGACAUGGACGAGAAGCUUCGCGACUCGGUCAAGACGGCAUUCAAGUCUCUGAAGAAACUGUCGAGCAUGGAGAAGAAAGACGGAGUCUCCGGCGUCGAGGCGUUCAAGCUGCUGUACUCGAUGACUCUUCUGCAGGUGUACAACGGAGACGCCGACGCUGUAUCAAUGCUUGACGAACUUGACUUUUGCUACACCAAGUUCCUGGGCGACAAGAAGUCCAAGGAUGACGAAGCUUCCGAGGCCUCGGACGCCCUGGUGGAGAUUCUUCUGAGCUUCGCGUCGAAGCAGUCGCAGCUCUUCCGCCGGAUCAGUGAGCAGGUAUUUGGUGCCUUUGCCGACAAGGUCACCGAGGACGGCCUGGAGUCACUUGUCUCUAUCCUGGAAGCGAAAGAGAGUCUUGCCGGACAGCAGGAAAUGUUCGAGCAACAGGAUGACGAAGAAGGCGACGAAGAGAUGAUGGACGUUGACGAGGACGACAGUGACGUUGAAGUCAUUGAUGCAGAGGGGUCCGGCGAGGAAAGCCAGGACGAUGACGAAGACGAAGAAGGCGAUUCUGCCGAGUCCGAGUCGGAAGCCGGGAACGACGAGGACCUUCUCGCCUUCGAGGCCAAGCUGGCCGAAGCCCUCGGCACGCACCGCGCAGACCAAGACCUCAACGAGGAGUCCGAAUCGGACGCGGACAUGAAUGACGACGAGAUGGAGCAGGUCGACGAGCAGCUGGUCAAGGUAUUCCGGGCGCGGCGCGACGCGCUCGGCCAGAAGAAGGACAAGAAGGACGCCAAGGAGAACAUGGUGAACUUCAAGAACCGCGUGCUGGAUCUGCUGGAGAUCUACGUGAAGAAAUGCCACUCGAAGAUGCUGGCGCUCGACCUCCUGAUCCCGCUGCUGCGGCUCACGCGCAAGUCGACCGUCAAGCAGCUGUCCAACAAGGCCAACGCCGUGCUGCGCGAGUACACCAAGCUGUGCAAGGGCUCGGCGCUUCCGCCGGUGGCAUCCGCCGAGCCCGUUUGGGAGCUGUUGAAGUCGAUUCAUUCCGAGGCCACGCAUAGUGGGCCGCCCGCGCAUGCUUCGGCCUGCAGCCAGGCGAGUCUGCUGGUGGUCAAGGUGCUGGUGGCUCACGACAAGGCGGCGAUCUCGGACGUGGUGGAUGUGUAUGCGGCGACGCGCAAGCAGCAGCUACUCAGCAAGAAGUGCCACGUGCAGCCUCAGUUCUUCUCCGACUGGAGCAACUGGUGUGUCUCGGCCAGCAAGCAGAUGAAGAACAACUAA